UUGGUCUUGUGGGUUCCUCAGAUUGUCACUUGUUCUGAAUCCAUGGCCAUGCGGUGGAGUGCCAUUUGUCUCGUGGUAGUAGCCAUGCUUGGCUGUCUGUGUGACGCCCAGUGGACUGAUCCUAACAAUCCUGAGACUGAACAUCUUCAGACGCCUGAGCAACCAUCUCCUCAGAAUCCAGAGCACCCAUAUCCUCCGAGGCCUGCCCAACCCUAUCCUCAGAAUCCAGAGCACCCACAUCCUCCGAGGCCUGCCCAACCCUAUCCUCAGAAUCCAGAGCACCCACAUCCUCCGAGGCCUGCCCAACCCUAUCCUCAGAAUCCAGAGCACCCAUAUCCUCCGAGGCCUGCCCAACCCUAUCCUCAGAGACCUGCCCAACCAUUUCCUCAGAGGCCUGCCCAACCAUUUCCUCAGAGGCCUGCCCAACCAUUUCCUCAGAAGCCUGCCCAACCAUUUCCUCAGAAGCCUGCACAGCCAUAUCCUCAGAGACCUGCACAACCAAUUCAGAAGCCUGCCCAACCCUAUCCUCAGAAGCCUGCCCAACCGUAUCCUCAUAAGCCUGCCCAACCCUAUCCUCAGAGGCCUGCCCAACCCUAUCCUCAGAAGCCUGCCCAACCCUAUCCUCAGAAGCCUGCCCAACCCUAUCCUCAGAAGCCUGCCCAACCCUAUCCUCAGAGGCCUGCUCAACCCCAUCUUCAAAAACCUGCCCCACCCAAGAAACAUCACGUCUCUAGUCCAACUGAAACUCAUGAACAUACCUGUGAAGUUGAUGACAACAGAAAGGUAACAUGUGGACUUCCAGAUAUUACUGCUGAACAUUGCCAGGCCAUCAGUUGCUGUUACGAUGGACACAAGUGCUAUUAUGGGAAAGCAGUGACUGUCCAAUGUACCAAGGAUGGCCAGUUUGUGGUGGUGGUGGCCAGGGAUGCUACUGUACCCAGCCUGGACCUGGAGUCCAUCCAUCUACUUGAGGGGGGCAAUGCCCACUGCUCCCCCAUCGGUACCACUUCUGCCUUUGCCAUCUACCAGUUCAAAGUCACUGAAUGUGGAACUGUUGUGACAGAGGAACAUGAUACUAUUAUGUAUGAAAACAGGAUGUCCUCUUCAUAUGAAGUGGGAAUAGGACCGUAUGGCGCCAUCACCAGAGACAGCCACUACGACCUACUUUUCCAGUGUAGGUAUACUGGCACUUCUGUUGAAACACUGGCAAUCCAGGUGAGCCCACCUCUGAACCCCUUGAUAGUGGCCGUAGAGGCACCCCUCAAUGUGGAGCUCCGACUUGCCAAUGGCCACUGUCUCAUGAAAGGAUGUAAUGAAGAGGAAGAAGCAUACACCUCUUACUACACGACAUCAGACUACCCUGUUACCAAGGUCCUCAAGGAUCCUGUGUAUGCUGAGGUACGCAUCUUGGGGAUGACAGAUCCCAACAUCGUCCUGAUGCUGGAGCAGUGUUGGGCCACCACAACCCAAAACUCUAACAGCCUGCCCCGCUGGGACCUCCUGGUUAAUGGGUGUGCAUACCACGAUGACCGUUACCUGACCAUUCCCAUUCAUUUGGACGGCUCAUCCACUUUCCCUCCAGGAGCGAUCUCCUUCCACUACAAGCGCUUUGUCUUCAAGAUGUUCACCUUUGUGGAUCCGACGUCUAUGGUCCCCAUGAAAGAGAAUGUGUUCAUCCACUGUAGUACAACAAUAUGCCAUCGUAAUGCAGGCAACUGCGAACAGACAUGCAACAGGCAAAAGAGAGAGGUUUCUACUGAAGGUCAGAAAGAGACUAAAGGUGAAGUGGUAUCCAGUCAGCAAGUUAUAAUGAUUGACCAACCAGUUUCUGCUUAACCGUGUUAUGCAUCUGGUCUACAUAGUAUGACGUUGACAAUAAAAUGUGUGAGACCA